UGCUGCACAAAACCAAGCCCCAAGAGAGAGAGAGAGAAAGCAAACAGAACCCCCAAAACGCUGCGUUUCAACCCUCCUCUCCUCAUCAAACCCUAAUUUCAACCUCGCCUUCUUUUUUCACCAUGGACAACCUCUCCCAUUCUCGCCGCCCCAACCCCAAAGUGAUCACCAAUGGCGGCGGCGGCGGCUUCCUCGCCAAGACCCUCUACGACGACGUCUACGGCGGCCCUCCCAAGUUCGGCCUCUCCUCCUCCUCCUGCUCCUCCCUCUCGCCGCGCCUCGAGGACUACAGCGAGAUAUUCGGCGCGUUCAGCGGCUCACGCGCCUCCUCGAUUCCCGUGCUCGAGCUCCCCGUCGCCGACGACGACGAGAAUGACGAGUUUUUCGAUGUGCGGAGCUCCGGGUUUGACUACUCCGAGGUGUUCGGAGGCUUCGACGGCCUGGAUUUCGCCGUCGCCUACGACGACCUGGUCAAGCAGAAACACGACGGCGCCGGCGACGGUGAUUCCUCCGACGAAGCUUGGACUCCAGAAGGAUCUGGGUCUGUCUCAGGAGAGUCGAAUCAUUCGUUGAAGAACCAGAUCUUUUCAGACGGAGAUCCUUACUAUUCAUUUGAUGGCAGCUCUGAGUUUGGCAUUUCAUAUAACAAGGCUCAUAAAAAAAACAAUAAAGAAUCUUUGAAUGGGAGGACUCAUGCAAAUCUGGUACCUGCUGCUAGUGCAUACAGAUAUAUGCCAGAUGAAAUUACUCCCGUGCGACAGACAAAAUUCGACAAUCCAAGCUUGCAGGUGACUGAUGAUAGAAAGUGCAAUAUGUACUCUAAUGUGGAAAUGGUAAAUGAAAAGCAUCUCAGAAAGACUGUGUCACUUCCCUUUAAUGGUAGUUCAGCCGAACAGGCUUAUGGAGACAGCCAGAAACCUGAAAGAGGAUCUGGUAGAAAUGGUUCUCGUCAUAAAGAGCCAUUUGUAACUAUAUCAGAUAUAAAUCUCAGGACUCAGCCCUCUCAUUUGCCACCACCUUGUCGGCCGCCGCCCAUAUUUGAUGGCAACAGUGGAGAUUCUGGUAGACUGUCUUCCAAUUCUAACACCAUUUCGUCUGAUGAGAGAUCAGGUGAUAUUUCACCCCCUUUCUUUGAUGUAGAGGUAGAUGCAAGUUCAUCUGCUGCAGUGUCUGCGGCAGCUAUGAAAGAAGCAAUGGAGAAAGCUAGAAUACAAUUGAGAAGUGCAAAGGAGUUAAUGCAGAGGAAGAAAGAGGGUUCUCAUAGCCGUUCAAAAUCCCGGUCAAAGAAAGAAAAUAAAGAGGAAGGAAAGGUGGGUAAGUUUGAUGAUGGUUCCAGCAGUAAGAAAGACGAUAGAGUCCGGGGAACUUCUGAGAGAGAAGAUAGUAGAAUGAAAUUUGCUGUUAGUGAGGAAAAGCAGAAGGCUUUGAAGAAAGUCAGAGAAGAUCCAGAAUCUUUAAGAGAUGAAAAAUCUUUGGAGGCAGCUAAAACUCUUGUUCAGGAGAAGCAUGCGAAGGAAUCCUGGUCAUCUCAGCGGUCUUUCCAAAUUGAUGAAGCUAGUGAAUGGCAAGAAGCAACACAGUAUUUUGAAUUGGUGGCAUUAGUUGACACCAAGAAAGCUUUUGAGCUAGCAAAUAAAGAUAAGAAUUUGGUUCAGACUGCAAAAGCUGAUAAAAAAGUUAGUGCCGUUAUUGAAGUUCAUGAUCCAGAAGAUCUAGAGAAGAAACGUCGUGAAUUGGAGGAAUGCAAUGCAAGAUCAAAAGAUGCUAAAGAGUCACGGGGGUGGAAAGAGCAUGAGAAAAUGGUAAAAGUGACUCGAGAAACUUUUGAGAAGGGGGAGAAUGGGUUGAGUUUGGGAACAGGCAAGCUGCCUGCAGAGUCUGUGAAGCAAAGAGGCAGAUCUGCGAAAUCAGAGAAGUAUGACAAUAUGGCAGAGAUUCAAGGUAAAGAAAAUAAGUUCAAUGUUGAAAAUGCUAUGCAGCAGAAGGACAAUGAAGUGAAAUUAAAAGAAAAUGAUAAAGCAAUUAGAAUCGAGGAAAGACAUAAGGAAUCUCAUGGAAGAGAAGGCAUUGAGAACAGACAAAAGUCUUUGGAGCAGGAAGAGAAUGAAAGAAGGCUCGAGGAGGCGUUAAAACAAGCUGAAAAUGAGCGGAGACUGAAGGAGGUUCUUGAGAAGGAAGAAAAUGAGAAAAGGUUAAAGGAGGCCCAAGAGCAGGUAGAAAAUGAGAAGAGGCUGAAAAGGGCUCUAGAGUUGCAAGAGAAUGAGAAGAAAUUAAAGGAGGCUCUCGAACAAGAAAACAAAAAGAGACAGAAAGAGGCUGCUCAAAGAGAAGAAAAUGAGAAGAGACUUAAGGAGGUUCUUGAGAAGGAAGAAAUCAAGAAGAGGUUAAAGGAAGAAAAUGAGGAGAGGCUGAAAAAGGCUCUAGAGUUGCAAGAGAAUGAGAAGAGAAUAAAGGAGGCUCUCGAACAAGAAAACAAAAAGGGACAGAAAGAGGCUGCUCAAAGAGAAGAAAAUGAGAAGCGGCUAAAAGAAGCUCUUGAGUUUGAAGAAUAUCAGAAGAGACAAAAGGAUGGCCGUGAAAGAGAGGAAAAUGAGCGCAGGCUUAAAAUGGCUCAUGCUCGUGAGCAGCAGUACGCCAUAAACAGAUUGAAGGAGUCUCAGGAAAAAGCAUAUAAGCAGGCGGAAAUUCAGCAAAAGUUAGAUGAGGCUAGUGUGUCGGAAGAGACCAAGAAGAAUAUUUUAGUUGCUGAUGACAGGGAAGAAGUGGAAGUCCUAAACAAAACGCAAAAGGGAACAGAGAGAAAUGAGAAUGUUCAGGAACUCAGGUCGGUUAAAGGAACCCAUUUGCCCAUGGAAGAAGUAGAGGAUCACAAGUUAUCUGAUGAGACAUGCAACCAGGAUUGCAAUGAGAACUUUCAAGCAACUCAAAUAGCAAGAAACCAUGAUGAAAACAGUGAAACAAUGAAGGAAUAUCAAGAGGUGCAUGCUCAUGAAGAAAAUGGAAAGAAAAAGUCCAACAACAAACAUAGUGAUACAAUGUCAGGUCCAGAAGUUGUUGAACCAGUAAAGGUGUCUCUUGAUUUAGAAAACAAAGAGAAGCAGUUCAGAAGGAAAAAUGCUGAUGAAUCUCUUCCCUUAGAUCCCUCUGUGAAGAAAACAAAGGAAGAAAUUAUUGCUGAACCUUGCAUUAGGAAAGGAGAAAUGGGGGGAGUUAAAAUGACAAAUGGGCCGGUUGAUGAGCAGUUCAAAGCAUCUUGCUUAUCUGGCUUGGCCCAAGUAGGCACAGAAUCUGGAAAGAGCUAUUUCAGAAUGGAUGAUGCCUAUGAGUUGAUUCCUUUUGUCAACUUUGUGAAGAAAGCAGUAGAAGCUAGCUCUGGCACUGAAAUACCACAGCCAAAAUUCAAUAGUACCUCUCAGAAGGACUUUGAUCAUGAAACCCAAAAGAUGGAAGGUGCCCAGGAAUGGAAAGAGAGAGAAAAGGACUCGAAGCAAGUCCAUGCUUCCUCAAAUCGGGAAGAAAACUUGGCAGCCGAACCUGUGAAAGAGUUUGUUGACAGUAGAAGGAAAACAGAAGCAGCUUAUCCAGCUAUGGCAGAAAUAAACAACCGGAAAUCAUCUCAGCAAGUUAAUGCAAGCCAGGCACCGGGGAGGAAAGUCAAUAAUCUUAGAGAAGACCCACUAAAUGGGGAGAAAGAAACAGAAAAGUUGAAAAGAGAAAGAGAGCUUGAAAAUGAUCGCCUUAGGAAGAUUGAGGAAGAAAGAGAAAGGGAGAGGGAAAGAGAAAAGGACAGGAUGGCUGUUGACAGGGCAACACUUGAAGCUCGCGACUGGGCGUACGUGGAAGCUCGUGAGAGAGCAGAAAGGGUUGCUUUAGAGAGAGCAACAGCUGACGCUCGACAAAGAGCAAUGGCAGAGGCUCGUGAAAGAUUAGAGAAAGCAUGUGCAGAGGCCAGGGAGAAGUCAUUAGCAGGGAAGGCAGCUAUGGAGGCCAGGCUCAAGGCAGAGCGUGCUGCAGUGGAGAGGGCAACUGCAGAGGCUCGAGAGCGUGCUGCAGAAAAGCUAAUGGCUGAAAGGGAACGAGUACAGAGAUCUGUUUCUGACAAAUUUAGUGUGUCUUCUAGAAAUAACGGGUUGAGACAUUGCUCUUCAUCCUCGGAUCUUCAGGACCCACAGAAACCAAGACACCCAUAUUCUACAGCUUAUGGUGAGAGAUAUGAAGGAGAGGAAGGUGAAUCAGCUCAAAGGUGUAAGGCUAGACUAGAGAGACAUGCUAGAACAGCUGAACGAGCGGCAAAAGCUCUGGCGGAGAAGAAUAUGCGUGAUCUUCUUGCACAAAGAGAGCAAGCAGAGAGAAAUAGAUUAGCCGAGACUCUGGAUGCAGAUGUCAAGCGGUGGUCAAGCGGAAAAGAAGGGAACUUGCGUGCCUUACUUUCGACUUUACAAUAUAUCCUUGGGUCUGAUAGUGGUUGGCAGCCUAUUCCCUUGACAGAAGUGAUAACUGCUGCUGCUGUAAAGAAAGCUUACAGGAAAGCCACUCUCUGUGUUCAUCCUGACAAAUUACAACAACGUGGUGCCAGUAUUCAUCAGAAGUACAUAUGUGAAAAAGUUUUCGAUCUUCUAAAGGAAGCUUGGAACAAAUUCAACUCAGAAGAGCGGUAACGCAGGCCUUCAUGCAUGAUAUGAGAUGCGGCAAAGU